GUAUAGAUUAUCAUGAUUAUAUUGGCUUGUAGUAGAAAUUCUUACUGGCGGACAGAUAGAAAUUUUACAAGCCUGGACUGAUGGGUCUGUGAACAAACUUGAAUCUGAUUUCUUUUGUUCUUAUACUUAUACUGAAAUUUACAAUGAUUAAAAUUUCUCCUGCAUUCAAAUUGAUCAUGAAAACACAAUGUGUCCAUAUAUGAUUUUAGGAACUUAUAAUUAUGACUUAUGUACUGUAUUAUUAAAAAAAAAUUGCAAUUUUUUAAAAAUCUUAGUUCUAUUUAUAGGAUGGCAGAAGAUAAGACAUUUAAGGGCAUCAUUAUAGAGGCAUUAAAUUUCCACAACAGGAAAAUUAGAGAUUACAUAGAACAGAUAGCCGACUGGAAAGAAAGAUUUGGUGUUUUACAAAGGCAGAAGCAAAGAUAUCAAGAAGAAUACAGAAAUAUUAAAAGAGAAGUUGAGACCCAUACACAAGAGAAUAAUAAAUUAAAAGGAGAAAUAGAUAGUUUAAGGCAGAUUAUAAACAGAGAUCAAAGGAAUGAUAGAUGUACAGCGUGUAGUAGUUUCCAGCACACCAUACAGACCCUUAAAGAUGUUUAUGAGAAUACACUAACACAGAAAGAUAACCAUAUUACUUAUUUAGAAAAUAGAAUAAAAGAACUAGAAAGAAGGAAACAUAAUGAUACAAAUGGAAACUUAAAUGGAAAUUUGAACAUUGGAUUAUCAAGCCCAGACUCUACAAGCAAAUAUACACCACACAAGACUAAAACGCAGCCUGGUUCUAAUGAUGGACAUGCAGCUGCAGAAUCCAACGGGAAGUCACAUGACAAGACAGAGGAAGAUCCAAGUCCCGAUAGGAUAGAUAAAAGUUUGAAACUCAGGUUGCCAAGGAACAAAAAGAGAAGCAGAUAUUCAGAGGACCCUUCACCGGAACAGAAAAGACAAAGAAUGGAAGAAACAAUGAUUGAAAUGCAUUCAGAUGGUAUUGAUAAUGAUAGAAUUACUGGAAAAUCAUCAAGGAAAGAUAAUUUGGAAAAGAGGCCCCAUAUAAUUGUCCCAGAGACCUGUUUGUUUGAUGCUGAUUUAGAUGAAGAGGAAGAAGAGGCAAUAUGUGAUGAGAAAGCUGACAAUCAUAUUGGAUCUGAUGACGCCAAAAAUCACUCAGAAACAAAGAAAAAUAAAUGGACAAUUGCUAUGGAUACUAGUUCUUCAUCAGAAAAUGAAGACAAUGGAUUAAUACUUCAAGAUCAAGGUCAAAAGGAGAAGCAAGUCAAUAGGUCAUGGCUUCAUAGUAUGUUAAGCAGUCCAGAUUUGGACCAGACAAAAUUGAAUAUAGGUGGACAGUCUGAUGAAUUAGAAGGAAGGAAAAUUAGUUUGAUGAAAAAUAAAAGUGAUCCUUCUCACAUGUUAAAGCAACUCAAUCCUGGAAGAGAAAAAGGUAAAACAUUAUCUCAGCAUGAUAGUCCACUCAAAGUGGUACCACUAAAAGAUCGGAAAAUUAGAAAGAAAACAAUGAAAAGCAAUUGUACAAAUGUAUCAGAUGAUAUUGGUGGAGAAACUGUUCAUAUACAUUCCAGUCCUGAAUUUUCAUCACCGUCAUUGGUCAGUCAUGGUCAAACAGUCAGAGCAUCACAACAACCAAUUGACAUUCCAUCUGACCACGAAUCUCCUUUGAUAUUACGAUCGUCAGGAUUAACUUCUGAAAAUGAAGAAAGAUACCCUGAAGUGGAUGUUCUGUUUGAGGAUUCAGAGUCGUCACAAUCUGGCAAAAUAUUGAAUUUAUCAAAAGACAGAAGUGUUGAAAAAUUAUCGCGGAAGGUCAGAGGGCAAAAAUCAAGGUUACCGGAAAAGUCGCCUGACAUUAACAGUUCUUUGAAAAUGAGGGAGAGGAAAUCAAAAGUACAAGAAAAAUCACCAUUAAAGGAUAUGUCCAACAUGGAUGAUGAGUUCAAAAAUAAGUUACGACAAAGUACAUUGAGUCAAGCUUUCAUGAACAGCACAAAACAAGACACAGAUUUACAGCAGGCUAUAGAGCAGUCUUUACAAGAUUCUACAGGAAAACUAUGUGAAAAGGGUCAGUCUAAUGAUGAGUUGAUUGAAUCCAAAGAAAAUAGUCCUCCUUUUAAAAAACCAGCAGUGCCAAAACCUAAGUUUAAAAGAAGUAAGGUGAGAAAAUCUGCAGAUCUUGAUGAAACUAUUGCUCCUGCUCAUUAUGCAAAACAUUUACCUGACAUAGACAUGGAAGAAACAAUGGCUCCUUCGAGGAUUAAUGAUAAACCAAAGGGAGGCAACUCUGAUCCAUUUACAAUAAAUGGCAGUUUGGACCCUGCUAUUGAACUUUCUCAGCUUUGUGCUGAAUCACAGGACUUAGGAGAUGAACUUGAAAUGACCUUGCAAAACAGACACAACAAUGGAAAAAGAGAAAAUAGGGUGAAGGAAAGUUCAGACUUUAUUGACACUUUACAAGAUUUCAGAUUAGAAGAUCUCCAUGGUAAUGGUGAUGCCCCUAAAACAUCUACUUGUGUUGACUUUGGUGAUGAUUCUCAAGCCAUUCCUUGUAGUUCUACAAGUGUUAAAUUUGGAGGUGGAAGAUUAAAAGGACAAAAGAAAAAACUGAAAACUGGAGACAUGGAAGAUCUGGAAAAAGAAGAACCACAGAUAAACAAGCAGAUGGAAGAUAGUUUUGAUGUUCGCCCAAAGAUAACAGCAGAGCCUGGCUAUGCCUAUGUUGAUGUUGUUCGUGGCAAAGAUGACAGAAGAAAACUGAAAGCUUUUUGGUGUCAAGAAUGUGCUGAUUUCUAUAAAGACACGGGGGAAUCUGAUGAAGCAAUACAGAAGAGAAUGCAGGAAUGUUCCAGACAUCGGGCCAAACAUGCCCCUCCAAGUACCCCUGAACAUUUCUGGUCUGUUGGGUUCAUGGACACACCAGAAUGUGAAGAGAGAGGCUAUAUCAACAGAGAGGAAUCACCAGAAGAGAAAAAAGAACCGAAGUUUAACAGAAGAAGUAAAUACAGAAAAUUGUUCAAAUCUAAAAAUGAAGAAGAAAAAUACAGCUGAUAAUGACGUGAUACUGAUACUUUCAUACAUCUUAUAUCAGCUGUACUAAGAGUUUGUUAUGUACAUUAAAUGUGGACAUAUGUAUUUAUAUUUCAGAUAUUUGAAUAUUCAGGGAUUUUGUUUCUAAUUUAUAUUUUAACCAAUGUUAUAGUUAACUUCUAACAGAGAUCUCAUUUAGUUUUUAUAUGACCGCAAAAAAUUUUUGCGGUUGUAUAUUGGUAUGACUUUGGCGUCGUCGUCGUCCGAAGACACAUUGGUUUUCGCACAAUAACUUUAGUUUAAGUCAAUGGAUCUCUAUGAAAUUUUACCAUAAGGUUCAAUACCACAAAAGGAAGGUUGGGAUUGAUUUUGGGGGUUAUGGUACCAACAGUUAAGGAAAAAGGGGCCAAAAAUAAGCAUUUUUGUAACUUCCAGACAAUAACUUGUGUUUAAGUGUAUGGAUCUCUCUGAAAUUAUACCACAAGUUUCCAUACCACAAAGGGAUGGUUAGGAUUGGCUUUGGGGGGUUAUGGCUCAAACCGUUUAGGAAUUAGGGGCAAAAAAAGAGGAAAAAACAAGGGUUUCCAGGUUAAUGGACAAUUUAAA